AUGGCAGACGAUGAGUGGACAUACCGGCGUCGAAGGAUUCCGAUCACGAAGAGAUGGGGCCCUUGUAAGAGAACUUACUGGGUACCUGUUGAUGAGCACUACACUGGCAACGACGGUCGGAGAGGAUGGACUUUCUCCAGGACUUUGGGACUCGACCCUGAUGCAUUGCCUGAGAGAAGAAGAUUAUACAUCCUCGAUGACGAAGAUGAGCCCAGAGAGUACGCAGGAUUUCGCGAGCUCGUGGGCGUUGACAGAGCCGGCCAUGAAGAGCGCGGUCACGGGCGACAACCAGAGGAAGGAUGGAACGCUGUAUGGCCGUGGCAGGCCCCGGUACCGUGGAAUGUCCUGGAUCCCGCCAUUGCGGAGGACCUACAAGAGUUGGAAAACAUGCGGGCUCAACGACACCAAGAGCGUAUGGAUCAACAUAACCAAGAAAUCAACGAGAUAGAUGGUCGGGCUUUCCAACAUAUCCAGAGAAUGCAGGAGAACCUGCAAGAUGAAGGGGAUGAGGGCAGACUCCGGCGACUACGAGCUGAGCUGGCGGCUGAAGACGAGAACCAAAGAAGACGGCAGGAAGAGGAUGAAAUACGUGAACGAAUUGUGCAGAGAGAUCGUCGUGAGCGGUAUCAUCGGGACCAAGAAAGAGAACGUUGGGCGAGACGGAGGGAAAGGCUAUAUCGGCGACGGGAGCGGUGGUAG